AUGUCUGAUAGUGAUAUUAAGUUAUAAAUAAAGGAAGUGAUAGAGGCAACAAUUUUAUCAAUUGUUCAAGAAUAGUCUGAAAAAAUUGAAAGGUUAGAAAAAUUAGUUGAAUAAUAAUAAGAAAGAAUUUAAUAAUUAGAAUCUAAGAUAUUUGGAUCAGAAUAACAAAAAUGCUUCAGAAAAGAUUAGAAACAUUAAACAACUAAUCCAAUUUAGUAUUCAUCGUAAUAGAAUUAAAUUUAGGCAUAGAAACCAGAUGCUACUAUAAUAAAAAGUUAAAUGAAGAAAUUAGAAUAAGAUAGAGAUAAAAUCUAAGAUCAUAAAUAGUUAUCUACAUCUAAACCAAAAUUUUAAUCAUAGAAUAGUUAAUAAAAUAUUACUUAAUCUAAUGAUAAAUCUUUAAAUAAUAAAAAUAAUUAGAUUAAACAUUAAGAAGCAAUGAAAGCUUUACCUGAUCCAAAAAAGUUAAAAACUCAAAUUUAAGAAUCUUAAAAAUAACUCAAUCAUACUUAACCUAUUAAAUUGAACAGUUAACAAAAAUCUCGUUCUUCUUCAUCAAAAGAUCUUAUUGGAUUAAAAAAAAGUCCAUCAUAAUCUUUAACUUUGGUUAGUGAUUAAUAAAUAAAAGCAGCUUCUAGUCCCAAAAAUUGUUAAAAAUCAUAAUUUUAUGGAUAAAAAUCAGAAGGAAUUUCAUAAUAAAAUUCAUUAAAUAAUGCUGAAGAAACUCAAUCUGAAAACUAUUAAUCAAUACAAACAUCACCUAUUAAAGAUUAAUAAUAAGUUUCAUUAUAACAUAUUGAUGAAAGUGAGGCAUAUUCUUAAAAUUUUGAUACUUAAAUUUAAAGAAUUGAUUCUUAAUAAUUUGAAAAUUAAUAAGAAAUAGAAAUAAUAGAUGAAGAAAUUAUUUUACCUAUAGAAUUUAAAACUAUGACUAUAGAUUCAUUUGAGAUUAUUGAAAUGAAUUUUGUGAGUGAUCUAAUUCAACAAAAUGAAAUUCCUGAAUCAAUAAAACAUGUUAUUUAUGUUUUUCUAGUUAUAGUUGAAGAUUUCAAAAAAUAUUAAAUCGAAGAUUAAAAUUUUUGGGAUAAAGCAUCUAAGUUUUUGCAGGAUAAUGAAAAAUAAUUUCGUAAAUAUUUAAAUUUUAUAUUAGCUUUAUUUUUGUAAACUACUAAAACAAGAUCAUUCAAGAAAUCAUAUCUAAAUUAAAUUUUAUAAUUAAUCAAUAAAAACCUUGAUGUCAUUAAUCCUGACAAAUAUGAGGAUAUAGAUGCAUUAACUUGCACUUUAGCUUAUUUUAUAAAAGAUUUUCAUAGUGCUCUUAAAAAGCUUGAAAUAUGA